AUGGCUGCUUUGAUUGUCAAGCGUCUUUCCGAAAAUGCCAAGAUUCCUACACGUGGAUCUGCCCAAGCUGCUGGUUAUGAUCUAUACAGUGCUGUUGAUAUUGUGAUUCCUGCUCAAGGAAAGACUAUCGUUGCUACUGAUAUUUCCAUCUGUCUUCCUGAUGGUUGUUAUGGUCGAGUUGCUCCUCGUUCUGGAUUGGCAUCCAAGAACUUUCUUGACACUGGAGCUGGCGUAAUUGAUGCAGACUAUCGCGGUCCUUUGGGCGUAGUGAUGUUCAACUUCUCCAAGGAAGAUUAUCAAGUCAAAGUUGGAGACCGCGUUGCACAGCUUAUUCUUGAACGAAUCUUUACUCCAGAAGUAGUUGAAGUCGAGGAAUUGGACAUGACAGUGCGUGGUCAUAAUGGUUAUGGUUCAAGUGGAAAGCGAUAA